CCAUACCCCCACAUGCUGCCGUGGCGUGUCAACGCCACAGGUACCGGUUACAGCAGCCCCCACCUCCGCCUCCACCUCCCUACUACCCAGGCUUCCUGCCGUACUUCCUGUCGAUGCUUCCUGUGCCUCCUACAGCAGUGGGACCAGCCAUCAGUCUGGACCUGGACGUAGAUGAUGUGGAGAUGGAGAACUAUGAGGCAUUACUGAACCUGGCUGAGAGGCUAGGAGAGGCUAAACCACGAGGAAUCACCAAGGCAGACAUUGAGCAGCUUCCAUCCUACAGGUUCAACCUCGACAACCAUCAAUCUGAACAAACGCUGUGUGUCGUGUGCUUUAGUGACUUUGAGUGUAGGCAGCUACUGAGAGUAUUACCCUGCAACCACGAGUUCCACGCUAAGUGUGUCGACAAAUGGUUAAAGACCAAUCGCACUUGUCCAAUCUGCCGGGCGGACGCGUCAGAGGUGCACCGCGAGGUGGAGUGAGUGACACCCAGGCUUUUGAGGUCUUUGAUUGGAAAGCAGCACAAAACUAAACCCACAGAGUCUGUCUGUCUUAGCGCCAGCCUCAGCCUGCCUGCGUCCUGCGGCC